CCAAUCACUGGCAGAUCUCUAUCAAACGUGUUAAGGUCAAUGAAGUCAACAUCUGCAAUGCGAGACGCACACCUGCAGGAAGAAAAUUCGCUCCUUUAUUUGUCUAUCUACAUACACCUCUUCACCAAGAAGAAGAAACGGAAGCGGCCUCGGAUAAAGGAAACCUAAUACCCUUUUAGCUUUUUUGUUUUACGGGAGCACAUGAAGCUACUCCGCUCCUCGCCGGCCGCGGAACGAAUCGGAGAAACUUCGUCGGAGACGGUCCAUGUGGCUGUCGGGAGGUCGCCAGAGAAAACCCUAAGAUUGCUGGAAUGGACGUUCCAGCGGUUCCAGUGCCGGGAAAUUGUCCUUGUUCAUAUUCACCGGCCUUCAUCAACGAUCCCAACGCUGUUGGGUAAUCUUCCAGCUGAUCAGGCAAAUGAAAAAUUGGUUUCUGCAUAUCGUUUGGAGGAGAGGAGAAACACAGAGAAAUUACUACUCCGUUAUUUCAGUAUUUGUUACAGAUCCCAGGUGCAAGCAAAAGUUAUUUUGGUGGAAGCGGAAUAUAUUCAGAAAGGAAUAGUUGACGUGGUUAAAAAGCAUGCUAUCAGAAAACUCGUUAUGGGGGCAUCACCAGAUAGGUGCUUCAAGGUUAAAAGCGUAUUCAGUAAGGCUAUAUAUAUUACAAAGAGUGCUCCUUUCUGUGAAAUAUGGUUUGUCCACAAAGGAAAAUUUGUUUGGGUGAGAGAGGCUAUUGAUUUGAAUGAAACUUUAUCAAGUGAAACAAUUAAGAUAAAGUCAUCACAGAAUCAAAGCACUGUUCCCAUGCGUGAUACAAAAUAUGAUAGAUCUGCUUCAUUUAGCACGAAGGAGCUGGAAAAUCAUGGUGAGGGGAGCUUGUCCCAAUUUUAUAGUGCUGGAGAGACUGAUUUGUUGGCUGAUUCUGAUAUUUCUCCAAGCGUUUUUUCCGUUGAUUCAGAGAACAAGUCAUUAGUUGCUAGCAAAACAACUUUGUUUACUUCACGGUGUGAAAAGACAUCCCCAACAAAAGCAAACCCCAAGGGAGAUCCAGAGCUGGAAAAUUUUAGUAGAAAUCUCAAAGAAAUAAUUGCUGAAACUGAAAACGCUGAGAAAGAUGUCUAUGCAGAUUUAAGCAAGCGCAAGGAAAUUGAAUGUGCAGUUACGAAAACUUUGAGCAUGGUCAAGUCAUCUGAAGCUUCUCAGUUGCGGGAAGUUAAGAUCAGAGAAGAGCUUGAAGAGCUCAUAGUAGUUACCAAGUUGAAGCAGAACGAGCUAGUGAACCAAAUAGAAAAAAGCAUGAAAGAACUUCAAAGUACAAUGGAAAAUGUAGCUAUCCUUGAUGUUCGUGUUCGUGAAAUGUUUCAUCGUAAAGAUAAGGCAACUGUUGAAUUGGAUUCAACCAUGUCUUCUAUAGCAGCGCUUAAGCUUGAAAAUCAGAAAAUCCAACAUCAGAGAGACGAGUAUGUUCAGCAGAUUGAAAGGUUGAGAUGCAACCAUCGCAGAAAAUCCAAAAUAUGCAAUAAGUUUAUUGGCUUAGGAAGCGAUUCUCUUGAUUUCAAGGAGUUUCCACUAUCAGACUUGCAAACUGCAACCUUUGGUUUCUCAGAUGCCUUUAUGAUAGGACAGGGAGGACUGGGAUGUGUAUAUAAGGGGGAAAUGUUGAACAGAAGUGUGGCAAUAAAGAAGUUUCAUCAUCAUAGUAUUCAAGGCCAACGAGAGUUCCAACAGGAGGUUUUUGUACUCAGCAAAUUGAGACACCCUAAUCUUGUGACUCUUAUUGGAGCAUGCCCUGAAGCCUUGUCCCUCGUCUAUGAGUACUUUCCAAAUGGGAACCUCCAUGAUCGCAUCAUCUGCAAAACCAUGUCGCCUCCAUUAGCUUGGAUGACCCGAGUUCGUAUUAUAGCUGAAAUCUCCUGUGCGCUCCUUUUCCUGCAUUCAUCAAAACCUGAAAAGGUUGUUCAUGGUGACCUUAAGCCUAUGAACAUCUUUCUUGAUUCGAAUUUAAGCUGCAGGAUCAGCGGCUUUGGCUUUUGUGAACUGUUGCUAGAUCAGGUUGCAGCAGGGUACCCCUUGCUCCGCCAAACCUCAGUGCCUAAAAAUCCCUGUUCUGAGUUUCCAUAUAGUGAUCCAGAAUAUCAAAGAACUGGCAUUCUGACAUCAAAAUCAGAUGUCUAUUCGUUCGGCAUCAUUGUGCUUCAGUUGCUUACUGGAAGGCCCCCACUGGGGCUGGCAACUGAGGUGAGAAGGGCUGUUUUAUCCCAUCGGUUGUCAGAUUUAUUGGAUUUAACUGCUGGGGAGUGGCCUAUAAACGUGUCUGAAAGGCUUGCAGAAUUUGGUUUGAAGUGUACUGAACUAUGCGGACGCAACCGACCAGAGCUGACACCUGCAGUUGUGAGGGAGUUAGAGCUACUGCACUCAAAGCGGGAGAGGACUGUGCCGACCUCCUUCGUGUGCCCAAUUUUCCAGGAAAUUAUGUAUGACCCGGUGGCGGCGGCGGAUGGAUUCACUUAUGAGAGGACUGCCAUUCUAGAAUGGCUCGACAAUGGUCGUGCGACGUCACCUAUGACUAAUUUAGAACUUGAAAACUUAAAUCUUUUUCCCAAUCAUGCUUUGAAACUUGCCAUCCAGGAUUGGCUAUGCCAGGCUUUUCAGGAUUGAAUACUGGUACCAGGAUUGAUCUUGCACAUAUUUGUAGACAUGUAUAUUUAUGGAAGGAGAAAGCAAUGGCUUUAUCAGCUAUUGUUUUGACACACAUCUAUAGUAGUAACAAUAUAGCUUUGUUAAACUUUUGCACCCAGAUUAUGAUGCCUCAUUUACUUACCAAUCUGUUAAUUUCUUUUGCCAAAUAUCAUCUAUUUUUAUGAUGGCUUUACCAUAUUCACCCUCUUUGAGUGGCCUAGCUGCCAUUGUUAAGAGGUUAGGAGGACUGAAACGGUUGCAGGUGGCCAAGUAUAUGCAGGUGAAGCUGAGCUUGAGGGUAGCUCCUUGCUGAUGACGGUCAGAAUAGAAGGAAUUGUUAUACAAAAUUUUACGAAGAGCUGUUUAUCGCCAUUCUUUUUUUCUUUCGUUUUUUCCUUGUAAAUGAACCUCUUGUUGAAGGUUAGUGGAAUCUAAUUCUUUUAAAUAUACAUUUCGCAUUGAAGGUUACUAUAUGUUAUGAUGUUAUGGAUUCAAAUAAAUGCUGGAAUAUGUUGAGGUAAA